GCAAGGGACGCAACUGCGACACAAUGGCAGACGACGAGCUGCAGUGUCUUCAAGCAAUUUACUGCCGCUCAGAAGAACUCAAUGUUUUGCCUGGAAAUGAUGGGAGCUGGCAUGUUCGAGUCAAACUUUUGCCAGCUUUGGAGGGCAACUCAGCAUUACCUGUACAUGCAGAAUUAUGUCUCUCACUUGCUACCACGUAUCCAGCUACACCUCCAUCAAUUUCAAUUUUUAGCAACACCAUCAGCAAAGAUAACAUUGCAAAAAUAAGGACACAUUUAUGUCACUAUGCAGAACAGAACAUUGGCCUUCCUAUACUCUUGGACAUCAUUACCCAAGCAAAUGAACAGAUACUGAAUGUGCAUUCAGAUCCACAAACAGGAUCUCAAGCACUUAUUUCAGGAUGUACUGUGGCCCCUAGCAGCCAUAGUGAAGAAAUGUUAGAGAGAUUGGUUCUGUUGCGUUUGGAUCAUAUGCGUUCAAAGACAUCCUACACAAAGCAGAUUAAGAAAUGGAUUCAAGCGAUGUGCCUAACUGGGCGACUGAUAAUAUGUCAGAAGCUGAUCUUUAUUCUUCUCCAGGGACUUGCAGCAAGAGUAAAGAACUACAUUUUGCUACACCGCACAAGCACUGUUGAUGUUGAUUCUAAAGGCCAUCCGUGCAAAGAGCGCAUGAUGACUAUUCUUUGUGAUGUUUCUCUUUCUGAUGGACACACCAGAUUUCACGACUUUGAGGUGCUGGAGUUGAGAACAUACGAAGAUCUUCAGUCCUUCUUCUCAGCCUCAGCUAUGCAAGACAUUUAUGAAGACUAUGUGAAGCCUCUAAUGCAUUAAAAUCUGAUGGAAUUGAA